UAUUUUUAUUAUUAUUUUAAUCUCCUCCCUCCACGUCUUUUCCAAUCAAAUCCCCAACUACCCCACGAAACGACCACUUCGUCUCUCCCAAUCCCUCCUCUCUCUCUCUCUCUCAACCUCUCGGAGCUCGACCCGCCGCUCCACGCGCUCGGCUUCGAGAUCGACGAGGUGUCCCCCCACCGCCUCACGGGGCGAUUGAAGGUCACGGAGCGCUGUUGCCAGCCGUUCAAGGUGCUCCACGGGGGGAUCUCGGCGUUGAUAGCGGAGGGGCUCGCGAGCAUGGGGGCGCACAUGGCGUCGGGGUUCCGCCGCGUCGCCGGGAUCCAGCUCAGCAUCAACCACCACCGCAGCGCCCGCCUCGGCGAUCUCGUCUUCGCCCAGGCCGACCCCCUCCAUGUCGGACGAUCCACCCAGGUAUGGGAGGUGAGAUUGUGGAAGAUGGACCCUUCCACCAUGGAGAAGGGAGUUCUCAUAUCAUCCUCCAGGGUCACCCUUAUCUCCGAUCUUCCGGUGCCGGAGAACUCCAAAAAUGCAGGGGAUGCUCUUAAGAAAUAUGCCAAGUUAUGAAACACUUUUAAAAAACUGCUCUUGCUCUUGUUGUUGUAACAAUAUUGUGUAAUGUGAUGGAUUAUAGUGUACAAUUUUUCGUUACUUCUCGAAUAAAGUUCAAACCAAGCAAUGAGAAUGGCUUCUUCUUUUUUCUUUU